AUGAAUUGCCCCUCGCGCACUGACGAUACCCUCGCCCACCCCGGUUGGAACCAGAACCCCUCCACGUUGAGUCCCGACACCACCACCCGCAAUGAUUUCAAUGGGAUCGCCAAUUCUCGAGUCAAUCGCAAGCAUGUUGAUACCGGUACUGCGGCAGGAGAUGAUGCUCUAUCCAUCGACCAUCGACCACAUAGUCAGGAGAUUCAAGAUCCCGGGAUCGAAAAGGUCCCCGACGGUGAAGUGACUGCGGCCUCGGGGUGCAAACCACCUUCGAGGACCAGCGGAUCACCUCGCCGUCCCUUCCAAAUUAUUUUGACGUCUUCCUCUCUGCACUGCGCCCGGAAACUGGCCAAGUUCGCUCGUUUUAUCGGGCCUGGAUUUUUGAUCGCGGUCGCCUACAUCGACCCGGGAAACUACGCCACGGACGUUGCUGCCGGGGCCGAGUUCAAGUACGCUCUACUGUUCAUCGUGCUUUUGUCCAAUCUCUUUGCCAUUCUCUUGCAGUCCCUGUGUGUCAAACUGGGCACGGUGACGGGUCUGAACCUGGCGGAAAACUGUCGUGAGCAUCUUCCGCGGUGGGUGGUGAUCAUUCUGUAUAUUUUCGCCGAGUCCGCUAUUGUUGCCACGGAUAUUGCAGAGGUCAUUGGCUCAGCCAUCGCGUUGAACCUGCUUCUAAACAUCCCCCUGGUGGCCGGAUGUGCCAUCACCUUGGUCGAUGUUCUCUUCCUACUCAUCUUCUAUCGCCCGAAUGGAUCCAUGUGGGGUUUACGCCUGUUCGAGUUCUUCGUCAUGGCGCUAGUUCUGGGAGUGGUGAUAUGCUUUUGCAUUCAGCUCUCCCUCCUCAAGGACCAAUCGGUCGGAGAGGUCUUCCGGGGCUAUCUGCCAUCCUCGGCGAUAGUCAAAUCGGAAGGUCUCUACCAAAGCUGUGGCAUUCUCGGAGCCACAGUCAUGCCGCAUUCGCUCUUCCUUGGUAGUGGUGUAGUUCAACCUCGCUUGAAAGACUUUGAUGUUACCUCUGGCUAUGUCGAAGCCACGGUGCCUCUGGGGAGCAAUGGCGGCGAAGUGGAAUAUCGCCCGACGAUUCACGCCAUUCGCAGUUGCAUGAAGUACUCCAUCAUCGAGUUAGCGUUGUCGCUAUUCACAUUUGCGCUCUUCGUCAACAGCUCCAUUCUCAUUGUCGCGGGUGCUUCGCUGUAUGGUGUCCCGGAGGGCAGCGAUGCCGAUCUUUUCGGGAUCCACAAACUACUGACCGAGUCGAUCGCUCCAGCCGCCGGCCUGAUCUUUGCUCUGGCCUUGCUGCUGUCCGGCAUCUCUGCCGGGAUUGUCUGCACAAUUGCGGGCCAGAUGGUGAGCGAGGGAAUGCUGAAAUGGAGCAUUCGACCAUGGCUCCGGCGACUCAUCACCCGCUCCAUCAGUAUCAUUCCCAGCAUCAUCAUCGCCGCCGCUGUUGGCAGACAUGGACUGGACAAGACUCUCACCGCUAGCCAGGUUGUCCUGAGUCCUGGCCCAGGAGUGGACGACAUUGAAGUGGCUGAAGUCCCAUUUCGCAACCAUUUUAUCCUUUCCGUGGUAUCUGUCCUUGUGUGGUUGCUCAUCGCCGUGAUGAAUGUGGCUCUGCUGGUUCUGGUCGGGAUGGGCAAGGCGUCUUAA